AUGUCAUAUGGCUUGAAAAGGGUAACAGGACGAUUUAACUCCAAGAACACAUGUGAUGCUCGUACAUAUUCCUAUACUCUGCCCACCUUUGCUUUCUCACACAAGGACCAUGAGACGCAAGAUGAGAGUUUUCGGCUGAGCAAGGAAACUCUGGAUAAGGUGAAUGAGCUCCUUGCUCUUUAUAAGGGCACCCACAACUUCCACAACUUUACAUCUCAAAAAGGUCCACGGGACCCUAGUGCAAAACGUUACAUUAUGGAAAUGCACUGUGAACCUCCUUUUCAACAAGGAGGCUUGGAGCUAGCUGUGAUCAAAGUAAAAGGGCAGAGCUUUAUGAUGCACCAAAUCCGUAAGAUGAUUGGGUUAGUUAUUGCAGUGGUAAAGGGCUAUGCGCCUGUGUCCAUCAUUGAGAGAAGCUGGGGCGAAGAAAAAGUGGAUAUCCCUAAAGUUCCUGGUCUUGGUCUGGUACUUGAGAAGGUUCAUUUUGAGAAGUACAACCGGCGUUUUGGCAACGAUGGUCUCCAUGAAUCUUUGGACUGGGUGGAAGAAGAAGAUAAAAUAGAGUCGUUUAAGAAAGAGCACAUUUACCCCACCAUUAUACAGACAGAAAUACAGGAAAAAUCCAUGUCCACUUGGAUGGCUACCCUUCCUAUCCAUGACUAUGAAGCCUCUUCCUCGCAACAAAACACAGACAUCCACAAGGUUGAAGGUGUAUCACAUGUUGCCAGUGAUGAAGAUGAAGGCUCUGACUGAUCCUGUAAGCAUUAUAAACUCUCAAACACAAAGAUAUGCUUUUUUUUU